AUGCGCCCUUUGCAACUCCUCGCUCUUUCUGGCCUCAUGCUCGCCAGCAACAUUGCGCUCGCAGCCGAGCUCGACCGCGAUGAUGUCCCUAAUCGCUGCUGGGACGUCUGCGGUCCAGUGGUGGGCAUCGCCCAGCAGUGUGAUAACACGCAUCGCGAUGAAGACAGGGCCGAAAUGAAGUGCAUCUGCGACUGGAACCAGGCACCUACUUUGGUCCCCCUCUGCGAAGCAUGCAUCGCUCAGUUCAGAAACGACACUCGCAAUGACAAUGGCCGUGGCAAUGACCGUGACAAUGACCGCGAGGAGAUCCAUGACAAUGAUGCAUACGAUAUCCUGACCUCCUGCUCCUUUUCCACUACUAGUUAUAACGCGGCUGCUGCAACCUCUAUCCUGAGCACUGCUACGGCUACUAUCAGCGCAACUGCGACGAACAGUGCCGGCAGCUCAAAUGGAUCCGGCAGUAGUACUGGUAACUCGCAGCCCGGCAGCACCAGCACCGGCGGCAACGCUCAACCGACCAACAAUGCAGCGGCUGGCUCUGCAGUCCCGAAAGCUGCGUCUGUGGCGGCCGUUGUGGGGUUGAUCGGUCUUGCUUGGUUGUGA